AUGGCGCCAAAGAUUAAGGUCGUGAAGACCAAGUCAAAGCCUCCGGGCUCACUGGGUGCGCCGCCCGCGCCUUUUAAGAAACCGGCAGAGGUUCUAAAGCCUUUUUAUGAGUCGCUUUCCCGCAAACACGUCUACAUCACCCACAUCGACACCAAACCCAAGGAUUUCAAGAAGAAGAUAUUUCUUGUGCCCGUCGGCAUGAACAUCGUUGUCGCUGCGCUGUUCGUCUUGCGCAUGUACUACAUCCUCCCCUAUUACUUCAAGUUCAUCCAGUCUGCCGCCGGCUACCCCAAUGAGACGACCUUCUCGCCUUCCGACUCAACUUGGGCCGCGCUUGCUUGGGAAAUCGGCAAGCGCGGCUUCUCUUUCACUCUGGACCUCAUGCUCUUCAUCUUCGUCUGGCCGUGGCCAAUCGAGUUCGUCUUUGGUCAGACGUAUGGAAACCCAGUUCAAUGGCGAUGGAACGUUGGCUUCCGCGACAAGGAGAUUUACGUCCGACGCAGCCGGGAGUGGGACCAACAACUGGGCGACAUUUUCAAGGAAAAGGAGAAGAACCAAGCACUUCAAUCAAUCGUGCGGCAGGCCACCUCGCCCCUCCUCCUGCAGGAAAAGACGGGCUAUCUUACCAUGACGGGACAGUGGGAUCUCGACUGGAACAGCAUGGUCCUCGUUCACAACCUCGUCGACAAGAAGCAGGUCGCGUUGGACGCCUUCAAGAGUCUGGUGCUGGUGUGGCACGAAGACUACGACUGGAUGGUUCUUGAGCAGGCGGGCGAAAAUGUCAAGGAAGAUGACAGGCGACGGCAGGUAUUUGCGUUCAGGGAUGCUCUCUCGGCCAUUGGCAAGGAAGAUCUCUUCUUCCGUUGGAUCGAGAUUGUGCAGUUUGAGUCAUCGCAGCCUGGUGGGUUCGGGCCUGAGAAGCAGACCGAGGUGGCUAAAAAGAUUCGAGACCUGUUCCAGGAGCAGGGCGUUGAUUUCGACAAGUUGUGGCACGAAAGCGUUGGAACCGAAGGAUUGGCUGGCAUUUGA